AUGUCAGAAGAAAGUGAUUAAUAUAUUGAAGAAUAAGACCUUCAUAUAGAAUUGUUAAAGGCUAUUAAAGAAAAUAACAUUCAAUAAAUCAAAAAUCUACUUUACUAAGCAAAAUAGGGCAAUAAUGAUUUGAUCAAUUUCUAAAUUAAACAUUAACCAAUUCAUUUGGCAGUAUGGAUAGGUAAUAUGAAAAUAAUGUUACUCUUAAUAUAGAAUGGAGCAAAUGUGGAUGCAAUCUCUAAUACUCAAAUGAAUUGCUUAACAAUUGCUGUAUACAGAAAACAUGUUAAUUUAGUUUAAGCAUUGUUAGCAAUAAUUAAAGAUCCUAAUUUCUUGUCAAAACGAGGAACUGCUCUACAUAUAGCAGCCCUGUAAGAUGAUGAAUAAAUAAUGGAGUUAUUGUUAAAGCAUCCAAAUAUUGACAUUAAUAUUAAAUUCAAGAAUGAAACACCGAUUUAGGUUGCAGGAUAAAUGACUAGGAAAUUAUUAUUGGUAUAAGAACGUUUGUAAAAAUCUUCAAUUUUAAUUACUAAUUCAUUUAUCAAUUCAGAUGUAAGCAUUUAUUUAAAAAGAGUCAUCUUUUUAAUUAAUUUUAAUUACCUGCAUUAAUAACUGGAUUUUCUUAAGAAAUUGAUUGGUAUGGUAUGAGAAAAUCUAGAAAAUUCUUGCUAUUAGACCCAAUAAAUGGAAUUUUUGCAAAAUUUUAGAGAAAAGUGGAUUAUCCAUUGAAACCGUAGGGUAUUAUGGCUCUUGAGUUGAUUAAUUCUGUAUAAAUAAAUAAUAACCUUUGUUUUUCAACCCCAAACUAUUCUUAUUUAGAAAUAAAAUACUCAAACAAUAAAACAAUCUGGUAUAGUUUUAGGAGCAAGAAUAUUGCAAAGAUUUGGAAAGACAAAAUAUAAGAAGCAACAUAAUAUUUUUAGCAUUUAAACUAAAAAUACAUGGUUUUUUAUUAAUAAAACGAUUCGAAAAGGGUAAAAUAAUAUUUUUUUUAUGAAAUGGAAUUGAAGUAGAAAAUUGAAUAAAUAGAGCUUGAGGAUACAAAUUUUUUAUUUGAGGGUAUUAAUAAAGAUUCAUAAAAUUAUGUUUAUAAUGAUCAUUAAAAUAAUUAUCAAUAAAAGUCAAAAAAAUUAAGUGACUUUCAAAUUUUAAAAUGUAUUGGCAAAGGUUCAUUUGGAUAUGUUUUUAUGGUAGAAUAUCAAAAAAAUACUUAUGCUCUAAAAUAACAAGACAAAUAAAGAUUAAAGUAAUCAAAUAAUUUGGAAUAUGUUAUGACAGAGGUGAAAAUUUUAAGAAUGAUUAAUCAUCCUUUUAUUGUCAAAUAUAUCAUGUGUAAUUUAAAUAAUUUUAUAACUUUAGCCUUUCAAACAACUAAAAAUUUAUAUCUAGUUUUAGAAAUAUUAUAAUAAGGGGAUUUAGCAAUGUACAUGACAAGAGGCAUAAUUUUGGAUGAGAAAUUAAGUAAAUUAUUAAUUGGAUAAAUCAUUCUUGCUAUUGAGCAUUUGCAUAAACAUGAUAUUUUAUAUAGGGAUUUAAAACCAGAAAACAUUUGUGUUGAUUCUUAAGGUUACAUUAAACUUAUUGAUUUUGGAUUAUGUAAAUUUAUUACUCAAGAUGAAUUGACGUUUACCAUAUGUGGAUCUCCAGCGUACCUUGCCCCAGAAGUCUUAAACAAUAGUGGAAUAUCUAAAUCUACAGAUGUCUAUUAAAUAGGUUUGUUAUUAUAUGAAAUGCUUACUGGAUAUCCUCCUUUUUAUACAAGAGAUAUAAAUAUUCUUAUCAAGAGAAUUAAGACUGGUAUAUUAAUGUAUUUAUUUAGAAUAAAUAACUAUUCCAAACAAUAUAUCAAAGGAGGCAAGAGAUCUUUUGAGUUAAAUUUUAAAACAAUCUGCUUUCGAGAGAAUAAGUAUUGAAUAAAUUAAAUAACACAAUUUUUUUAAAGAUUUAGAUUGGCUUUAAUUGGAAAAAAAAGAAAUAAAAAUUCCAUAGUUGAUUCAAAGAUUCUAGCAGUCUAAAAGAGCUACAGGAGAUUUAAUUGAUUCUGAUUCUUGUUUGGAUGAUUAUAUUUAAGAUUGGGAUUUUAGUACAAUUUGA